AGCGUUAUACGUGGUACGACAAGUCCAUUCUUUGGUGCACUGCUUUUCUCGUCAGAAAUCCAAAGGAAGUUAGCAGCAACAUCAGCAGUAGCGAGUUCAUACUCAGUCUUUACUCUUUGUAAAUACGUUUUUAAAUAUGAACAUAUAAUAUAAGUCUUGUACACACGAUGAGCCGAUGAGGCUUUCUGGUCAUACAUUUUUUAAAAACGACUGUCAGAAUGACUGCUAACGACAAGAGCAGAUCAUACGUCUUACCCAGUCUGUUGAAGUCGGCUUACCACGCGUGUAACAAGAUCCAGCGGGACAUGUACGAUGAUCUAGAGGUAACAGACGUCGAUUUGCGGAUUUGUUGCGAGUCGCUGUUCAAAAUCGUGAAACUGAACUCGGAGGGAGGUGGUUUCGACCCGCUCGGCGACAGACGUUCUAUGUUCGCCAAAGCGGUGCACGACGAUUCGAUUGAAAACGCGGUGUGCGAGGUGGCCGCGUUUCACGGGCACCUGGAUUGCCUAAGGUUCGCUCGCGAAAUCGGCGUUCCCUGGCACGACUCGUCCAAGUGCGAUCAAUCGGCGUGCGACCAAGCCGCGUACACGGGCAACUUGGACUGUUUGGUGUACGCACACGAAAACGGCAGUCGGUGGAACACGGCAACGUGCUACACGGCCGCGGACGCCGGACAACUGGAGUGUUUGAGGUAUGCACACGAAAACGGCUGCCCGUGGAACAAAUUCACGUAUUCUUGUGCUGCGAUAACUGGACACUUGGAGUGUUUGAGGUAUGCACACGAAAACGGAUGUCCGUUGGACGAAUACGUGUGUUCCGACGCUGCGAUGGGCGGACACUUAGACUGUCUGGUGUAUGCACAUGAAAACGGAUGUCCGUGGAACACGGUAACGUGCUUCAUGGCCGCGCAAGGCGGACAACUGGAGUGUUUGAGGUAUGCGCACGAAAACGGAUGUCCGUGGGACGAGAAAACGUGUUCCAGCGCAGCGAAAAAUGGAUGGCUGGACUGUCUUAGGUAUGCGCACGAAAACGGUUGUCCGUGGGACGAGAAAACGUGUUCCAGCGCAGCGAAAAAUGGAUGGCUGGACUGUCUUAAGUUUGCGCGCGAAAAUGGAUGCCCGUGGGACAAGAACACGCGUUCCAUGGCUCUGAAAUAUGGACGCCUAGACUGCCUUAAAUAUGCACUCGAAAACGGGUGUUCGUAAGAUGAAAAUAUCUUUUUAAAGCUAUACGAAAAAUGAAAUAGACAAUUAAAAUAGACAGAUUUUAAUCCAAAGUCUCCGUGAUUAAUGGAAAUAAUUUUUAGUUUAGCCUUAAAAAGAUAUUUUCGUCCUGCUAACUCCCGUUUUGAUAUACGUUAUUUAGUUGCGGUCAUUUGGACGCACGACAAUUGGACGGGUACGACAUCUUGUCGCGUAUAAUUUUGAAGCAUGUUAUAUUUUGGCCGCGCGGCCAAACUAACCCCAUAACAGUUACAAAGAAUAAAUUAUUUAUUUUGUAAAAAUACAAUUUUUUUUACUUACACCGGCAAUACAAUACCUACAACAACAAUAAUGAUAGUAUUAAUUUGAACUGACAACUUAAAAUAUGUUAUUACCAUUGAUUAGGUACCUAUAGAAAUAGAAUAGAUUCUAAGGUACCUUAUCAAUGUUUAUACUAUAGGUAAUAAAUUAAAAAUAAAUUUAUGUAUUCACAUGUUUA